GCCAAAUAACCAUGACAACGGAGCGGCAAGGCGCGCGCGGCUGACUGCGUGGAUAAAGAAAGAAGGAAAGAGGCGGAAUAGGAGAACGGACAUCGCUGCUUUCCUGCAGGGGACAACAACAAAACACCGGCUGCCAUGAUUCUCUCGCUGGCCGCGGCGGCAGCCAUGACCAGCGGUGGCGGUGACGGCCUCAACUCCUCGUCCGCACUCGAACUCAUCAGCUCGUCCACUUCCUGGGGUCUCUCCGAGGAGCUUUCCAACUCCUCAUCCGAGCCGGCGGUGCAGAUGACCCCCGACCUCCAGCCGGCUACCACCGCCGUGGCCGUCCAGGAGGUGAGCCCUUGGGACAUCGCGCUGUGUGUGACAGGUACGCUCAUUUCCUGCGAGAACACGCUGGUCAUCGCAGUGCUCUUCUACACGCCCACGCUGCGAGCGCCAAUGUUCGUCCUGAUCGGCUCGCUGGCGGUGGCUGACCUCCUGGCCGGUCUGGGCCUCAUCCUGAACUUUGUCUUCACCUACUUUGUGGACGGCUCCUUGGAGCUGGUGACUCUUCUGUCCGUGGGACUGUUGAUCUCGGCUUUCUCUGCCUCCGUCCUCAACAUCCUGGCCAUCACGGUGGACCGCUACCUGUCGCUCUACAACGCGCUGACCUACCACACGGAGCGGACGGUCACCUUUACCUACGUGAUGGUGGUCUUCAUCUGGCUGUCGUGCAUCACGCUGGGCCUGCUGCCGGCGCUCGGCUGGAACUGCUUGCGGGACGAGGCCAUGUGCAGCAUCUGCCGGCCGGUCACCAAACACAACGCCGUGGCACUGGCCGUCACCUUCUUACUGGUCUUCGCCCUGAUGAUGCAGCUCUACUUGCAGAUCUGCAAGAUCGCCUUCCGCCACGCGCAGCAGAUCGCCGUGCAGCACCAGUUUUUGGCUAUCUCAACCACCAAGGGUGUCUCCACGCUGUCGGUCAUCCUGUGUGCCUUCGGGGCAUGCUGGCUCCCCUUUGCCAUGUACUCCAUCGUGGCCGACUCCAGCUACCCCGCCAUAUAUACCUACGCCACUGUGCUCCCCGCCACCUGCUGCUCCGUCAUCAACCCCGUCAUCUACGCGUUCCGAAACCCGGACAUCCAGAAGUCGCUGUGGAUGGCGUGCUGCGGUUGCGUCCCGUCCAACAUUUCACUGAGACCCCGCGCCUCUAGCGAUGUGUAGCACGGACUAUACGCGUCUUUGAGGCGGGGAGGCAAGGAGCGUGGCAGCUGCUCCCCUCGGGGAAGAGGUCAGUGGUAGGACAGCGAGGACAGACGCCAACAUUGGCCUCGCUGGAAAAAACCUGAAGCACCGAGACCUCCCUGAGGCCUACCUCUCAGGAGUAGCAUCUCUGGGAAGGUUAAGACGGACCCUGACCUUGCUGGGAAAGUGCUGCAUGCUUAUGCAAUUAAAAGGUUAUGGAAUGCUGGUUUGAUCUGCAAUUCCAGUGAAUGACCUUGGCUAUCUUCUAUGAGCUAACAUGUUCUCUCCUGAUGGGUGGAAACAACGUUGUCCUUUAAUCUGAUGCAGAUACACCUAACUGGGAGGUUUUUGAUUGGAUGUCUUUGUCAUCUCCUUUCAAGCACAUUAUAGAAUUUUUUUCGAGAAAAAAAAACAACAGCACAAUCAGCAUUUUCCCAAAGGCAGGCAGAUGGAAAGCAUCCAUCCUAGAUAUGUGAGCCCCCACCCUUCCUCACAAAGACACCAGCCAGGGUGCACGUCGGGUGUUAUGAAACAGUGCGAGGGGGGAAAAACGUGUUUGGCUGCGCCGUGACUGCGAAAGCGGCAUUCAGAACCAAGGACAGCACCACUGCGGCGGUAUGUAGGGGAAGCUUCUAUGCUGUGGGGGCGGGGACUGCUGGUGAGAAGGGCGGAGGGAUGGAGGAUGGGUGGAGAGGCCUGUAAAGUAGGCUAGGCUCUUCUUCCUUUACAUCUCCACGAUGGCCUUUAGGAAGAAGAAAUACUUUCCCUUUGAUUUCUUACGACCUUUAUGACGAUGGAAAAUGCGCUCAUCACAGAAAGUUUUACGAUGCACAUACACUUUAAUUUUGAAGGCAGCCCCUUUGACUAUAUUGAUUAUCCAUUAGUCUGAGCUGGGAUGAGUACUUCCUAAUGCAGCGUUUCAUGUCACACUUUUAAAAUGCAUAAAGAUACAACUUCCAAAAAUGUACUCUGGAACAGAGAGAAGGUUCCUACCUAAGCCGAGGAAAUCUCUCAUUAGAAGAAAUUAAGCAAAGUGAAGUAAAAUACAUUGUGUUGUUUCGAACAAUUUUGGCCUAAUAACGUAUUUAUGAUGAUAUCAAUAAGGAUGCGGUGAUAUUGGCUUUGGGAAAAUGUUUGCUGGCUACCUUACAAAUACAAAAUAUAUCAGGUUGUUAAACAGGGACUCAUUUGACGCUUUUUAACCAAAUAACGACAACAGUAAGAAACCUAGCGAAAAAUCUCAUCCUAAACAUGGCAUUCGUCACUUCAACCACUUUUGUUGAAACUUUGCAAUCUUUUGUUGUUUGGUCUCACUUGAACAGGAAUAAUGUUCAUUUGCAAUAAUGUAACAACAAGUGUUUUGUGUGUGUUUGAAAAGUUAAACAAAUUGAGAUAGAGAGAACGAGCAAGCAUAAUUGAUAUUCUGCAGGACAAUCUCAUUUUCAAAGGUAUUGGAAUAUCGAAGGAGUAAAAAGAAUAUGGUGCAAAGCACCACUUUUUUAGUUGAAUAUGCUGCCACUGUGACUCAAAUACUGACAUGAGUUUGUGUCAUUCUUUUUUUUUUUUGACUAACUGCAAAACCUGUGAGGUGUUAGUGCAUUUGUCACAUGGUGAAAUACAAAAAAAUACAUUAUUUUUAAUCCUAAACAUAUUUUUACUCAAUCCAGAGAGGCCAGCAGGAAGAGCAUUUCAUGAUGAGCAUCAAUGAUGACAAGUUUUGCGUAGCCAUCAGCAUUCAGACAUGUUAGAUGGGGCGCACAGUUAAAUAUAUUGUCAACAUUUUUAAAGUUACUGUUAUCCAUGAUAGAGUGCUCAAUGCCGGGGUAGAGUGGAAUAUACAGGAAAAAACACAAAGGCUAUUUCAUCCCUACAAGCCUGUUUCACAGGUUUCCCUGCUCUUCAAGGGGAUUU